CGCAAGGAGCGCGCACGGCACGUCAGAGGGGGGAGGUGAGCGGGUUCCUGUUCCCGGCAUCCUUCGCGCGUCCAUCCUCCUUCCUCCCACCUCCUCCUCCCGCUCCGCCCGCGUCGGUAAGAUGGCGACAGUGAGUCUGCGACAGGGAGAUCUGGUGUGGGGAAAGCUGGGCCGAUAUCCCCCGUGGCCUGGGAAGAUCGUCAACCCGCCCAAAGAUUUAAAGAAGCCGACUGGCAAAAAAUCCUUGUUUGUGAAAUUUUUUGGCAGUGAGGACCAUGCCUGGAUCAAGGUGGAGCAGCUGAAGCCCUACCAUGCGCACAAGGAAGAGAUGCUAAAGGCCACCAAGGGGAAGCGCUUCCAGCAAGCGGUCAAUGCUGUGGAGGAGUACUUGAAGAAGGCCAAAGCAAAGGAACAGUUCUACAGUAGAUUGAAAUGGAUCAUUUGUAAAUCAUUUUGUCCAACGUUUGAGAUGCAAAAACAGAACGCUGGAGAAGACAAGGGCAAGAAGGGGGAAGGGAAGGCUAAGAAGGCCAGCGGAGAACGGGCUAAGAAAGCCAGCGGAGAACGCAAGAAGCCCACAAAGCCCCCAAAGCCUGGCACUAAGUUGUCACAGAAAAAGCCCAAUGAUCAGAGCCCACGCAAACGUGGAAGGCCGCCCAAGGAAGACAAGGGCAUCGCAUCCCCACAGCCGAGUUCCCUGAAGAAGCUGGCAAUGAAAACUGUGUCCCGGUUCAGCUGGCCCCCACCCACAAGCGAGCGUUCCUGGGAUGACCCUCACUUCCAGCACUUCCUGCUCAGCCAGACCGAGAAGGAGGAUACAGCAGGUGACAGCUGGCUGAUGCAUGGCCACAGAACACUAGGCACAGAGAUGGUGCUGAAAAAGCCCAGCGUCACAUAUCAAGCAAUCAGCAAGCGACUGAAGGUGUCUGAGGAAGAUACCGGCUCAACGUCCAUCCAGGCAGCAGACAGCACAGCCAUCAACGGCAGCAUCACACCCACAGACAAAAAGAUUGGCUUUCUCGGCUUGGGGUUAAUGGGAAGUGGGAUAGUAUCCAACCUGCUGAAGAGGGGGCACACUGUGACUGUAUGGAACAGGACUGCAGAGAAGAAAACGUCUGGAGGAAAUGACAGUGAAGUGUGGGAUCAAGAUGAGAACAGAAAGUGUGACUUGUUCAUCCAGGAAGGGGCACACCUGGGCCGGACUCCAGCAGAAGUGGUCUCCACCUGUGACAUCACGUUUGCCUGCGUGGCAGAUCCCUCAGCAGCUAAAGAUUUGGUGUUGGGACCCAGUGGGGUGUUACAAGGUAUCCGUCCAGGAAAAUGUUACGUGGAUAUGUCCACAGUGGAUGCAGAAACAGUGCUGGAAUUAGCACAGGUUAUUGUGUCCCGGGGUGGGCGUUUUCUGGAGGCCCCUGUGUCUGGUAACCAGCAGUUAUCCAAUGACGGGAUGUUGAUGAUCUUGGCAGCUGGAGAUCAUGGUGUUUAUGAGGACUGCAGCAGCUGCUUCCAGGCCAUGGGGAAAACCUCCUUCUUUCUCGGGGAGGUGGGUAACGCAGCAAGAAUGAUGCUGAUUCUCAACAUGGUUCAAGGCAGCUUCAUGGCCACAAUAGCAGAGGGCAUGACCUUAGCCCAGGUGACCGGUCAGUCUCAGCAGACCCUGCUGGACAUCCUGAAUCAAGGACAGCUCGCCAGUAUCUUUCUGGACCAGAAGUGCCAAAAUAUCCUGCAGGGGAAUUUCAAGCCAGACUUCUAUCUGAAGUACAUCCAGAAAGACUUGAGGCUAGCCAUUGCUUUGGGAGACUCCGUCAACCACCCAACUCCUAUGGCUGCUGCAGCCAACGAGGUCUACAAAAGAGCGAAAGCAUUGGAUCAAUCCGACAAUGACAUGUCCGCCGUCUACAGAGCCUACAUCCACUAGUUCCUCCGUUUCAUUGUUAAGGAUUGUUUCUAUAACUUGUUUCUAACACACCACCAGUCCAUCGGUCUUCUUUUUUUCUCCAGAUAUAUAUAUAUACUUUUUUUUUAUUUUUUUUGUUGCUGUUGUCCUUUGUUCAAUUUCUACCAUUGGCACCACAGUCAAGUUCUUGUGAGCUGUCAACACGUCUGCUCCUUUCCAGGCGCCAUGGCCAGAGGAGAGGCGGGUGCUGGAACCCUUCCAGCCUUGCACUAAAGGCGACAGUUCAUGCAGUGCUCUCUGUAGUGACCAAGCCCACACAGUGGACCCUCUGGUGCGCAGGACUUUGCCGUCGGAGUGAAACCACCAGUACAUGCUCCUCUUCACCUGCUGAAGGACAUACAAGAAAUGUUGACUUGUAGACACCAGCACCUGGUUUUCACAAGAGCGCGUGUCCUCCAGAUGACUACUUUCUUGGAAGAUUAUUGUAUUGUAGUUGUACAGUGCACUUUUUUUAUUUUAUUUUUUCUUGGAUCCCGUGCACCUCCUUCUCCAGUCCCACGUAAAGUGGUUAUUGGUUCAGGCGCUCUUUCUGAUCACCUGUCUUCACUCUUCCCGUGGUCUGUGCUACAAUGCAAAGGUUCUACUUGGGUUUCCUUGGUACCAAGUUUGGGCAACCUGUGUCUUUUUACAGGUGUUAUGGCCCGCUGGGUCAUGUCGUUCCAUAAAAGCUGGUGAUCCAUAGGUGUCUGAUCAUCCUAGGUGAAAACAUUCUCCCCCAUUAGACCUCGGUUUAUGAUGCAGGAAUAUAUAGUAGUCUGACAUCCUCCGUAAAAUGAGCCUCAGUUACCAUAUACAGAAUGUAUUUUUGGAUGUUACACAUUCAUUCCCAACCCUUUCUAUCUCCAGCCCCUCCAGAAACCUUAUUUGGCCGUUUCAACAAUAAUGGCAGCUAAAAGACCAGACGUCAUCCCGAAGUAUAACAAAACAAAACACAUUCUCACUGAAGUCAACUUUUUUUUUAAUAACAUUUUUAUUUAUUUAAUUUUUUAAUUCGAUUUUUAUUGUGCGUUUUAUUUCUGCUUUUGAGUUUUUAAAUAAUUGUGUUCGCUUCCUGUUUUUGUGCAAUUGUUUUGCGAUAAGCUAGAAAAUGGCAUGCUGGCGAGGCUGGAUCUUGGUACCCAAAGGGGGUUGUCCUAUGGGCUGUUACUGGGGAGGUCCUUGAUAAAGAACAACAGUGUCCAAAUGCAUCCUCUGAAAGAUGAGAUAUUGUCCAUGUAUUUACCAUAUAAAACGUAGGUGUGUAUUUAUGCAUCGGGCGUUUGUGUUGUACACAUACCACAUAGCUAUCCUAUCUCAAGCAUCCCGUUUCCGAGCACCAAGGCAUUAAUCUGCAUUUUUCUGAGUUUAAUACACUUUUGAUUCAGUUAAGGUAAAGGCAGCCUUGUAGGUGAACCUCGCCCAUCAUAUUUGGAGACAAGUGCUUGUUUUCUCCUGUGUUAGUCUUAAUAUACAAAUAUUGAGGAUGAGGCACAACCAGUUUUAAUGUGAUCACAUUACCGUCGCAAUGGAGGCAGCCAUUUUUGUGGAGCCGAGGAAUAUUCUUGGUAAUACCUUCACUGUAAGCUAGUGAUCUCCCCAUGUAGCCUCUGUAAUGUCACCAGUUGCAGCUGUACCGGUAGACGGAAUAAUGGCUCGGUCCACAACAUGGCUGCCUGCUGUGUACAUAAACCAACUUCUUGCAUGACUGAAAAAAAUUAAAAAUCUUAUUUGAUGGUAAAUUUUUCCAAAGAAAUAUGCCGAGGUUUGUGCUUUGCUUUGUCCAGUAAGCCAUAAUAUAAGUGUUAAUUUAAUUGCACCGUGCCCGUACGUAUUUAUCCGUGUCUUUUAUGCAGCACCAUCUAAAACAACCAUCCUUCUGCAAUAACGAAUGUUCAGUAUUGAAGCCGGUUACCGUUAAGGUGCCGCAGAUUGUGCUGCUUAUCAGACGUGUUACCUGAUAAAACAUGAUUACUCUAUGACCUCUUUGUAGCGUUGUGGAUUAAAGGCCAUGGGUAUGGUGAAGAACAAUUCAGGUGACCAGAAAACCUGCACUGAUAGAACCAUUGUCUAUUCCGGCUUUUGUGAAUAGUGCUAUUUGUGUCACAUGCAAUGCCAUAUGAGCUUUGAUUUCUCUCCACAUCCUUGUUUUUUUGAUGAUUACCCUAUCUCCCCCCCCCCCCCCCUCUUCAUUUCCAAUCACCCAUGCUAUAAUUUCCCCCAUUGCAGCUUUCCUGCUGAUCCGAAAACCCAGUAGCAUAAGUUAUGAUUUCUUUUUAUUGUUUAUUUUGUUGGGGAGGGGGGUUGAGGGGAGCCUUGUGAAAGGGGUGGCGCUUUUAUGUUUUAUAAUUCAAGUUUUGUCAUUGGAAAAAGUGUGUUAUAUGGGGCGGGAGGGAAGUGGGUAAUUAAGUGAGUUUUGUGCAAUUAGCUAUGCUACUGGCAAACAAUAAAACCUACCUUGGUAAUUAC